GGGUCAUCCUAGUCUUCGCGCCUGCUGUCCAAUUGCCGUGCGUCCCGUGCCACCAUCUCCACCCUCCUUCCCUGCCAUGACCAGAGAUAUCAAAAACCACCUUCUUUUCGAAGUGGCCACCGAAGUCGCCCACAAGGUCGGCGGCAUCUACUCGGUGCUUAAAUCCAAGGCCCCCAUCACGGUGGCCGAGUAUCGCGAGAGAUACACCCUCAUUGGACCCCUCAACCACGCCUCGGCCCAGAUCGAGGUGGAAGAACUCCCGGUCAAGGACCCCUUGAUCAAGCUCGCGUUGGACUCGAUGUCGGAGCGUGGCAUCACCUGGCUCUACGGCCGCUGGUUGAUCGAGGGUGCUCCCCGUGUGCUUCUCUUCGACAUCCACUCCGCCGCCCACAACUUGAACGAGUGGAAGGCCGACUUGUGGAACAUCGCGGGCAUCCCCACCCCUGACCACGACCAAGAGUCCAACGACGCCAUCUUGUUGGGUUACUUGGUGGCCUGGUUCCUUGGUGAGUUGGUCUACCACGACCGCGACCGUGCUGUCAUCGCCCACUUCCACGAGUGGUUGGCCGGUGUCGCCUUGCCUCUCUGCAGAAAGAGACGCAUCGAUGUCACCACCAUCUUCACCACCCACGCUACCUUGUUGGGCCGUUACCUCUGCGCAGGCUCCACCGAUUUCUACAACAACUUGUCCAACUUUGAUGUGGAUGCUGAAGCCGGUAAGAGAGGUAUCUACCACCGUUACUGUAUUGAAAGAUCCGCCACUCAUUCGGCAGACGUCUUCACUACUGUCUCUCACAUCACUGCAUACGAGUCGGAACACUUGCUUAAACGUAAGCCAGAUGGUGUCUUGCCAAACGGUUUGAACGUGGUCAAGUUCCAAGCAGUCCACGAAUUCCAAAACUUGCACGCAAUGAAGAAAGAAAAGAUCAACGAGUUUGUUAAAGGUCACUUCUACGGAAACUACGAUUUCGACUUAGAUAACACCUUGUACUUCUUCAUCGCUGGAAGAUACGAAUUCAGAAACAAGGGUUGCGAUUUCUUUAUCGAGGCCCUUGCUAGACUUAACCACCGUCUUAAGCAGGCUGGCUCCAAGAUGACUGUUGUUGCAUUCAUUAUUAUGCCUGGAAAGACCCAUUCUUACACCGUCGAGACCUUGAAGGGUCAAGCUGUCAUCAAACAAUUGGAAAGCACCAUUGAAGAAGUUCAAAAGAAGGUUGGUGAACGUUUGUUCGAACACUGUGCUCGUUUCCCAAAUAGCGACCACCAGCAUCAAAAGAACACCGAGGUUCCAACUAUUGAUGAAUUGAUCAAACCAGCAGACAGAGUCUUGCUCAAGAGAAGAAUCUUUGCUCUUAAGAGAGACACUUUACCACCAAUUGUUACUCACAACAUGGCUGACGACUCCACCGACCCAAUUUUGAACCAAAUCAGACGUGUUGAAUUAUUCAACAAGCCUGAAGACAGGGUUAAGAUUGUUUUCCACCCAGAAUUCUUGAAUGCAAACAACCCUAUCUUGUCCUUAGAUUACGAAGAAUUCGUUCGUGGUUGUCACUUGGGUGUCUUCCCAUCUUACUACGAACCAUGGGGAUACACUCCUGCUGAAUGUACGGUCAUGGGUGUUCCAUCUAUUACUACUAACUUGUCCGGUUUCGGUUGUUACAUGGAAGAUUUGAUUGAAAAUACUUCCGACUAUGGUAUCUACAUUGUUGACCGUAGAAUGAAAUCUGUUGAUGAAUCUAUUGAUCAAUUAACCAAUUACAUGUACGAUUUUGCUGAGAAGACUAGACGUCAAAGAAUCAACCAAAGAAACAGAACCGAAAGAUUAUCCGACUUGUUGGACUGGAAGAGAAUGGGUUUGGAGUACAUCAAGGCCCGUCAAUUAUCCUUGAAGCGUGCUUAUCCUGACAAGUUCAAGAAUGGUGCUAACCCAUUCAACAACCAGCUGAACUUGAAGCUUACUAGACCACUUUCUGUCCCAGGAUCCCCAAGAGGUAAGAUUGGACUUAUGACCCCAGGAGACUUGGGUUCCUUACAAGAAGCUCAACAAUCCUUGAAUACUGAAGACUACAUUGGUUUCAAAUUGGGCGAAGGUGAAGAUGAAGACGAUGAUGACGGACGUCUUGACGAUGAAGAGGCUCCAUAUCCAUUGACUUUGAGAGGUACUUCUGCACCUCCAUCUGAACAAACUGCUUAAUGCUUCACAUUCGUUUUAAUUGAUAAUUUUCGUGUGCCGGUCUCCAAUUCUCCAUUCUUUGUUACCUUUACUAAAUACAUUUAAAAUACAAACAUGA